AUGGUAAGUGCUGGAGACGGAACAGCUUUAGAGCUGUGCACAGCCCUAGGAACCGCAACUACUGUGCAGCAGGCGGCAGUGCGGAUGUUGGGGGACUCAGCGCGGCAGACUAGCGAAGGGCACCAGGAUUUUUGUCUAUUCUUGUUUUUCAAAGGCGUCAACUGGUUUCAGUUCCGGGGCUCUCACUCAAGUCGGUUCAGUCGUAAUUCUCUUCCCCUGCGUUAUCACCGGGUGCUCUACUCUACCCCUGAACACGGCCGCUGGCCCCGGGCCCCGCGGUUCCUCUCGCCCCCACAGCCGCGCACCUGCAGCGGCCUCUUCCCUGGUGAUGCGCGGAGCACUCCUCCUGUAGCUCUGGAGGCUAACAUUAGCUCACAACAUCGAUAUCGACUACUCCACCCCCUCUGCUCGACCACCGCUUCCAUCCUGCACUUCAGCUCUGAUUGA